CUCGGCGCGCUGGCCGCCCUCCCCGCGCUGGCCGCGCCGUCUCGCGCUCCUCCUGGUCGCUCCGGCUCCUCCCGGCCGCCCGGGGCCGCGGCCACGCGAAGCUGUGCACAUCUAUGUGGGACCGCGCCGGGGCGAGCAUCCCUAAGGUCUCUGAGUGGAGUCGUUUCCUGGUGCCAGCUAUACAAAGAGUGCGGUGAGGAUCCCGGCCAAGCGGAAGGAACAUCGGCACACGCCCUGCGGUUGUCUAGCAUUUCUUCUCUUCAGCAGCGCCACGUCAGAGAAGGAAAAUGUAUGGGAGCGCGAGAGCAAUCGCUAACCUGGAGGGCAGCCCCUCCAGGUCCCCUCGUUUGCCAAGGUCCCCUCGUUUGGGCCACCGAAGAACAAGUAGUGGGGGAGGCGGGGGUACAGGCAAGACUCUGUCCAUGGAGAACAUUCAGUCCCUCAAUGCUGCCUAUGCCACAUCCGGGCCCAUGUACCUGAGUGACCACGAAGGGGUGGCAUCGACAACUUACCCGAAGGGCACCAUGACUCUGGGCAGGGCCACAAAUCGAGCUGUGUACGGAGGCCGGGUCACAGCCAUGGGGAGCAGCCCCAACAUUGCUUCCGCUGGACUCUCCCACACGGAUGUCCUCUCCUACACGGAUCAGCAUGGUGGGCUGGGCGGCUCGUCCCAUCACCACCACCAGGUGCCCUCCAUGUUGAGGCAGGUGAGAGACAGCACGAUGUUGGAUCUUCAAGCCCAGCUCAAAGAGCUACAGAGAGAGAAUGACCUGCUACGGAAGGAACUUGACAUUAAGGACAGCAAACUGGGAUCUUCCAUGAACAGCAUCAAGACUUUCUGGAGCCCUGAGCUCAAGAAGGAGAGAGUCUUGAGGAAAGAGGAGGCAGCCCGGAUGUCUGUCCUCAAGGAGCAAAUGAGGGUUUCCCACGAAGAAAACCAGUUACUGGAUGCCAGAAGAGCCAAGCAUCUGCAGCUGACCAUCCAGGCCCUUCAGGAUGAGCUGCGGACCCAGAGAGACCUUAACCACCUCCUGCAGCAGGAGAGCGGCAACCGAGGAGCAGAACACUUCACCAUCGAGCUGACCGAGGAGAACUUCCGCAGGCUCCAAGCCGAGCACGACAGACAGGCCAAGGAGCUGUUCCUUCUGCGGAAGACGUUGGAAGAGAUGGAGCUGAGAAUCGAAACACAGAAACAGACUCUCAAUGCCCGAGACGAGUCCAUUAAAAAGCUCCUGGAGAUGCUGCAGAGUAAAGGGUUGCCAUCCAAAAGCCUUGAGGAUGACAAUGAGCGCACCCGGCGGAUGGCGGAGGCUGAGUCUCAGGUCAGCCACUUGGAAGUGAUUUUAGACCAGAAGGAGAAGGAGAACAUCCACCUGAGAGAGGAACUGCACCGAAGAAGCCAACUUCAGCCCGAGCCAGCCAAGACGAAGGCUCUCCAGACUGUCAUCGAAAUGAAGGACACAAAAAUCGCUUCAUUGGAGCGGAACAUCCGGGACCUGGAGGAUGAGAUCCAGAUGUUGAAGGCCAAUGGCGUGCUCAACACAGAGGACCGAGAGGAGGAGAUCAAACAGAUUGAGGUGUACAAAAGCCACUCAAAGUUCAUGAAGACCAAGAUCGACCAGUUGAAGCAGGAACUUUCCAAGAAGGAGUCAGAACUUCUUGCCUUACAAACAAAGCUUGAAACCCUUAGCAAUCAAAAUUCAGAUUGCAAGCAACACAUUGAAGUGCUUAAAGAGUCGCUUACUGCCAAAGAACAGAGGGCUGCCAUCCUUCAGACAGAGGUAGAUGCUCUGAGAUUACGGCUGGAAGAGAAAGAAUCUUUUCUCAAUAAGAAAACAAAACAGCUGCAGGACCUCACAGAAGAGAAGGGGACCCUGGCUGGGGAGAUCCGUGAUAUGAAAGACAUGUUAGAAGUAAAGGAAAGAAAAAUCAAUGUUCUUCAGAAAAAAAUUGAAAACUUGCAAGAACAGCUUAGGGAUAAGGACAAACAACUAACCAACCUGAAAGACAGAGUGAAGUCAUUGCAGACAGACUCCAGCAACACGGACACUGCUCUGGCCACUCUGGAGGAGGCCUUGUCAGAAAAGGAGAGAAUAAUAGAGCGCUUGAAGGAGCAAAGGGAGAGAGAUGACCGGGAAAGACUAGAAGAGAUAGAAUCCUUUCGAAAGGAGAACAAAGACCUCAAAGAAAAGGUCAAUGCUUUACAGGCUGAGCUCACGGAGAAAGAGUCUAGUUUAAUCGACCUCAAAGAACAUGCAUCUUCAUUAGCUUCUGCAGGCCUGAAGAGGGACUCCAAGUUAAAAUCCCUAGAAAUAGCCAUCGAACAGAAGAAGGAGGAAUGUAACAAACUGGAAGCCCAGUUGAAAAAGCAAGCCGAGCAGUUGUUCAAUCAGAUGUACAACCCAGCGCAUACUAUUGAAGAUGACUCCAGGAUGAACCCUGAGUUUGCAGACCGACUGAAACAGCUUGACAAGGAAGCGUCUUACUAUCGCGACGAGUGUGGCAAGGCCCAAGCAGAGGUGGACAGGCUGCUGGAGAUCCUCAAGGAGGUGGAGAACGAAAAGAAUGACAAAGACAAGAGGAUCGCGGAACUUGAGAGCUUGACUCUCAGGCAUAUGAAAGAUCAGAAUAAGAAGGUGGCUAACCUCAAACACAACCAACAGUUGGAGAAGAAGAAGAAUGCCCAGUUAUUAGAAGAAGUCCGCCGGCGAGAAGACAGCAUGGCCGACAACUCACACCACCUGCAGAUAGAGGAGCUGAUGAAGGCCCUGGAGAAGACCAGACAGGAGCUGGACGCCACCAAAGCGCGCCUCGCCUCCACCCAGCAGUCUCUGGCGGAAAAGGAAGCACACCUGGCCAACCUCCGUCUAGAGAGGAGGAAACAGCUGGAGGAGAUCUUGGAGAUGAAACAGGAAGCACUACUCGCGGCCAUCAGUGAGAAAGAUGCGAACAUUGCCUUGCUGGAAUUGUCUGCCUCCAAAAAGAAAAAAACCCAGGAGGAAGUCAUGGCUCUGAAGCGGGAAAAAGACCGAUUGGUGCAUCAGCUAAAGCAGCAGGUUUAUAGAUCUAGGAAACAGCCCCCGUGCUCAAAUAUACCGUGCACUUGUGAUGCUGGCUACAGCCCAGAUUUUACGGCCAAGUACCACGGGUCCAGCUACGAUGCACACAUGAGCCAAAGGUCUCAGACCCAGAACAGAAUGAAGCUCAUGGCAGACAACUAUGAUGAGGACCACCACCACUACCACCACCACCACCAUCACCACCACCACCGAUCUCCUGGGAGGUCACAGCAUUCCAACCACAGGCCCUCUCCGGACCAGCUCUCAGAAGGGUUGUCUAAAGGGGAAGCUCCGCACGGCAGCCAUAGCCCGGUAAUCUACCGCAGCCUGGCUCUCAGCACUGUCCACCGCCAGCGGCAAGUCCGAACAGAAGGGGGAUUCUCACUUCCGCUUUCCUGCCUGAUUCUGGUCACCUCACUCCUCCUGCAUUCGGGUGUAUGGGAAAGAAAGGGUACAAAGGAGGAGAAAGAUGGCAGCUCCUUCGUUUUCUAUCAGGGUCUGGGCGUUUGCAAAGCGACUGCCCCUGCUGAAAGCCACGUGAUGAGUGAGGGUUUCAUUUCCGUUGCUUUGCCUCAUGGAUACGUUGGCACUGCACGGGAUUCAAACUGUGGCUUCCCUCGGGCAGCUCGCUCCGUCGCCCAUCAUCCUGCUGGGCAGUCUAAGUGGUCCUAACACAUUAGAUUAUUGGACAAUCUGAGCUUGAUGUGGACAAGCGCUGCUGGCGGUGUCUGUGUACCGCAGUGCGUGGGAUGUUUGACAAAGAAACCAAGAGACCAAAAACUGAGAGCCUUUACCCUCCUCUAUUUCUUUAAUCUGUCAGUCAAGGAACCACAUUUUGAUGGGUGUUAUCAGUUGUUACCUCUGGGCCAGGUUGGAGACGAAAUCAAUUUUUUUUUAAAACCACUAAUAACUUGCCAAGAAAUCGCCUUAUGAGAACAUGGUGUGUGUCUCUGACAGUGCAUGGCACAUCUAAAUUGGUCAUUCAUAAUUUUAUCAUCCUGCUCAUGUACGAGAGAGUGACAAGAGCCUGAGGCAUCUGCAUAUCCACUCCACAUGCUCCUUGAACCCCACGGCUGGGACACGACCCAGCCUCAGGCUCUUCUCCUCCUCACACAUGCAGGUCUCCAUGAAGAAACCGAGGUUCAUUCAUGUUUCAGGACCCAAAUGCUGCGCAAGCUAGGAUCUGCUGUAAAUGAACAGUCAAUUCUCAUUGUUUGUUUUCUUCUUCUUCUUCUUCUUCUUCUUCUUCUUCUUCUUCUUCUUCUUCUUCUUCUUCUUCUUCUUCUUCUUCUUCUCCUCCUCCUCCUCCUCCUCCUCCUCCUCCUCCUCCUCCUUCUUCUUCUUCUCCUUCUCCUCCUUCUUCUUCUUCUCCUCCUCCUCCUCCUUCUUCUCCUUCUCCUCCUCCUCCUCCUUCUUCAGGAAAUGUCUUUAACAUGGAUUCCAAAGCAUUUUCAGCAUCCAACAUGAAAGCAUUGAUGAAUGAAGAGCAAUCACAAAAGUUGUGUGUCUGUAAAUAGCAUUAUACAACCUGUCUGUGGAUAACAGAGUCGGUAUCUGAAGCACAUGCCAGGGAAAGACCACGCUCCAAGGUCUUUUACAUACAGCGACAAGGUACUAAGGAGAAUUCAACUCCUGCUGCUUCCUCUGAAGCUUAAGAAGUUAUUAGUCAUUGCAACUCCGUGAACAUGUACAGCGGAGCCUGGCAAAUGUGCAGCUCUUGUGUUAACCCAUUUUCUUGUCAACGGGAGAAACCCUCCCACCUGCAUUCCUAAAGGACAAACAGUGAAUUUAAGCAUGAGUGGCCUUAAUAAAUACAAUUGUCUUUCUUUGCUGCUGUGGAGAGGGUUCUAAGCAGAAGUUGCUGGAAUCUUACAUUGAAUAAAAUCAUUAUUACUUUCCAAAAAUGUUGGUGCAAUUAACUCUGGACCUCUCUCAUGAGCCAUAGAGAUAUUUAAAAGACAAACCCCCUUGUUUUCUGGGGAAAGGAAACUGUCCCCGAACGCACCCUUUAUUCCUGGUAUAUCAGGAGUAAUCUAUCCAAGCAGGUUUCUUGCUUCCGGCUUCAUUCUCGUCAGUAAAAUAGCGAACUGUGUAAAGCUUGUGCGUGAACAUAAAUGAUCCAAACACGUUCAUGUUUAAAAAGUUUGUCCUUUAGCUUUCAAAAGGAUCUAGGUCAUUGUUAGAGAAUGGAGCAGAGUUCUUUGCAAGUUUAUUUAGUACAUUUUGGUAGAGUGUUGCAAUGAAAACCCAAGCCACAGAUUGGUCCCCAGGUAUGGUUUGGGUAUCCUCAGAGAAGUCCUCACAGCCUGCCACCAGGUCCUGACCUGAACUCUGCAACUAAAUACUUGAAAUAGGAAGUAGGAGAACCAGGAUGGUAAACGGGGUCCUCGAAGUAGAAAACAAUGUGAUGAACCAUGUGUAGUUAGCCCUUGCUAUUUCUACAUAUGUGCCAAUUUUGUUACAGCUAUCGUUUGGGAAUCUUUUUUUUUUUGCCCCACUUUUGUUGGUUGAAAGGAUUAUUUAUCUAACUUUCAUGCAAAUAUAUCUAUCAUUCAGUCCCUGAAAAAUCAAAUUCUAUCUAACACAUCUUUUUGUGUGUAAUAUUCUCUGAUGUUUGGGGGUUACCAAAAAAAAUCCCUUUUUGCACAUUGACAAUAGUGUCUGGGUUUACAAUAAACACUGUGAUGUUCAGAAGAUUUUUCCUUUGUGCAACCUUUAGCAGGUUCCCUUCUAAUCAUAGUAUAGAUGAAACUAAACAAACAAACAAAAAACAGUUUGGGCUAACAUUUAGGAGAAAGUUGGUCUAAGUCUUACUUUGUGCAAGAGCAGGCUUGUAUUUAUACCCCAUUUGAUUUCUGUAUACAGUCUCAAUUUUGUAUUUAAUGAUUUUGUGUAUUCAGUAUGCACCUUAUCAGCGUGUCAACUUUCAUUUGAAAGUGGGUUUUACUUUUUAAACAGUGUUUAUGAUGAGACCUCAAACGCAUUGACAUAAGCUCCAUCUGCAGUGUUUUUUGUGUAGAGUGCAUUUGAAUGCUGCCAGGGGUCCAUGUAUCUAAUUCCCUGAGACCCUUGUUUGAUAGUGCUUUCUUGUAAUAUUUCUUCACGUGAGUGGCAUGUGGGUUGUGAUAUUGACCAUGCUAUUAUGGACAUGGAUAUGAAAAAAAAAUAAAUAAAAUUAAGGAACCCUCGAAACUACCAAUGGGCAUGUAUCAGUCAGUCUUUGUAACCUCGUGUCUAGUAGAGAUACCAUGUGCAAGGUGUGUACAGCUCAUGACUUUGUUAUCACGUGUGUGAGAAGUACUUUGUGCUGAUUGUCUUAUUUAUAUUCAUCAAAUAAACCUUGUUUCUUUCCGAA